AUGUUUGUACUAGAGCCUUCAGCCGGCAAAAUGCAAAUGGAAGAAGGUACAGACAAAUCUCUAUUGAGAGAGGACAUUCUAUUCGAUGAGCUGGAUAGUUACUUUAAUUUGAUGUGCAACGUAAUGUUUGAUGAAGACCAGCUAUUUAACGAAAAAUCAGUUACAUUAAGAGGGCGAAAAAUGCUAGCACGGUUCAACCAAAUAUGUCGCUAUUUGACUCAUAGAAAAGUUUAUAUCCCAAUACAUAAUGACAAUGACAAUGAAAUGCAACUCUUGUAUCAGAAUAAGGUAAUAGUGGAUUUUUGGAAUUAUUGUAACGAGAAAAUAAGUCAAUUAGAGGCUUGCUUUCUCGAAAAACUUUAUAACGAAUACGGUACUAUGAAGUCAGAAGCAGUGCAUGUCUUAGGAUUAUGGCAAGGUUUAUAUGGGAGAUAUAAAAUUUGUCUUGAAUGCUUCGAACCAGUAUUAGGAUACCCUAUAUUGAAUUAUAAUACUAUAUUAAAAAUUGCUCCCCAAGAUUCUCAAGUACUUAAGCAUGCUGGAUAUUCAUUUACAAAACGAUUGGAGGGUAAAUUUGGAAGUAAAUUUAUACCUUUUCUACGACAGUUUUUACUCGAAUUGAGAAGCUCCAAAUUAACUGUUUUGGACGAAAAUAUUACGGAAACGCUGCCAUUGAAGUUAUUUCAUGAAUAUGACGUACCUGUCAAUGGCAAUUCUGCCUCUGAAUUUUAUUUAGAAGAUUUAUCAACGUUCAUAGAUGAGGGAAAAUUAACUCUAAAAUUGGAUGAGGAUUUUUUUGUCAACCUAUUGGAUUUGUUAAAACUCAACGGCUGGAUUUCGUACCAUAUUUCGGAAGAGUUAGUAUCUAAAGGUAACAAUAUUAUUAUUGAAAAAUUGCUAUUAAAGAAGGAUGUCGUUAUGCAGUUGGCUACAGUCUUCUUCCCCCUAACAGUUGGAACAAUAGAAGAAAAUAUGAUAAAAAGAUUCACUAAAAGAUUAGAAUUUGAAGGCGCGAUUCAUGCUUUUGAAAAGAGAAAGCGUAUAACAGAAUUUAUCGAUAUAAUAAGUGAAUUUGUAAGGUCAGAGUUGACAAGACCUUUUGAGAAUGGCAAAAUCGAAUCAUUUUUCAAUACUAUAUUUUCAUUAGACAGCUUUAUUGGUUAUAAUGAUGUACUAAAAGAUAUGAUACGAAAAUGUGCGAAUGAUACAGCCGGUGGGGAGCUAAAACUUAUGGAGUUAUAUGUUAAAUUCUGUGAGAUAGCGAUAUAUAAAGUCGAUAAAGAGUUGGGAAAUAGCACGACGGUUAAAAAUUUCCAACUGACUCCGCUAUACAGUGCACCACUAGAGUUACCUGAACUUCUUAAAUUCAGAGCAUCGUUCCUUAAUUUGUAUACUCGUACCUUUUUCAAACGCUUAAUCAUGAAUGGUCAAAACAUGCUCAAUGAUCUAUUUAAGGACUCAUCCUACGAGUCGCUACUAAUGAGAAUGUUCGAACAAUAUUACAAAAACUCGAAUGAGUUGCAAGACUUGUUAACUUUACUCGAUGAAAUGAGAAAAUUACAUAAGUUUAAUGAGCAAUUUCAAGCCACCGAGAUAUCUAAAUUGGCUGACACGAUAAUAUUAGAAAAAUCCAAGCUUGCGUCAUCUUUACAGGAGGCUAGCGAUGACACUUUAAAGUUACCCUCUGAACUACAAGGAAUAUGGGAUAACAUAGUAAGUUUCUACAAAUCUCAAGAUAAGAAUGGUUCAGAAAAGAGCAUCAAACCAAUAUACUAUUUACAACAUUGUGAAGUGGAAUCGCCAUUUUUUGUUCAAACAAACAAUGGUAGCAAGAAACUGCUAAUAUUUGAGUUAAAUAUUUUUCAGACAUGUGUUUUGGGAGAAUUUAAUGAGAAUGACAGUGCUUCCUUCAACGAAUUGCUGCGAAAAUUGAAAAUGAAAGAAACGACGUUGAAAUCAGUAAUGAGAUCCUUCCUCAACGUUGGCUUACUUCAAAAUGUCAAUGAUCGGUUUUCUAUAAAUGUACACUACGUACCUGAUAUGAAAAAGGUUAGAAAAGGGAAAUUGCGCAUUCCAUUACCCAAGCCAAGCCAAAAGCUGAGCAACAGUAGACGGACCUCAAUGGUAGCUGAACACCACGAAGGGCUGCGUUCACAAUGGAAACAAGAACUGUUGCAGGCAUGCAUCGUAAGAUCACUAAAGGGACUUACGGAUGGCCUUGCAUAUUCCAUGCUUUUUGAUACAGUAAAACAGCAGCUCCCAGGGUUCAGCGUUGGUGAAUUCAAAGAUGCCCUGAGUAUAGUAGUUCGUGAUCAUAUAGUGACCGAGCAAGACAAUAUAUACAAAUACAAGUAG